CGACAACGAGUGAACGCGCGCGCGCUCGAUUACGUUUCGACUUCGCGACUCUCGCGACGCGUACGUCAUCGUGGACCGCCUCUUCAAGACAGGAGAGAGCCGAACGCGAUCGAGAGGAUCGGCGCCGCUGGAUCAGGUGUGUGAUAGAAAGUCUUAAAAUUUUUAAACGAUACGUAGUAGAAACUAACUCUCUUUGUCAGUUAAUUUGACAGAGGACAAAGGCAUAAAUUUGGCUUUUUUCGCGCGAAUUCUUUUCAUCUCAUUCUGACAUUACGUGCUAUUUUUUAUUCUCGCGGAUUUAUCCCGACUAGUUUCGUAUUAAAAUUUCGCGAGCUUUUCUCGGAUACUCGGGAACGCGGUGCGAAACACGUGGUGCGCAGCUUUUUGUUUGUGAAUUGACUCACGAAGUACAUGAGUGGGUGAAAGAGAAGAGAAAGGGAGAGAAAGAAACAAAAUUCGCAAGGAUAGAAUCAUUUUUCGAUGUCCACAUCGCUAACGAGCACGGAGACGAAGUAGAAGGUCGACCAUCCGUUAGAAGCCGACGACGGCGAAUCUCUCGUUAGUGUCUCGAUGCGUCUUCCUGUGUUGUGGACGAAACCCAGCAGCGGCGUCGCCAAGGUUCUAGUGAGCAAUCUCCCGGCUCAGGCCCGAUUAGAAGAUAUCGACGCGCUGUUCUCCUCUUACGGCCAGGUACAGAACCUUGAGAAACUGUCGUCGCGGGAUCCAAACACGCAGACCUAUCUCGUCAGCUAUGAGACGCAGGAACAAGUACAGCAUGCUGUGAACCAAUUGAAUGGCUACGAUUUCGACGGCAAUCCGUUGAAAGUGGAGAUGUCCUCGGCGGAGGGCCGACGAAGGGGCCGCAGCCAGCGCAGCGGCGGCGUCGCUUUCUCCGGAUUGCCGGGUUCCGGUCGACAGACCGAUUUUCCGCUACGUAUCCUCGUCCAGUCGGAUAUGGUGGGUGCGAUAAUCGGCCGGCAGGGGUCUACGAUACGGCAGAUUACACAGGUGUCCCGCGCCCGGGUCGACGUUCACCGCAAGGACAACGUCGGUUCGCUGGAGAAGGCCAUUACCAUCUACGGCAAUCCCGAGAAUUGCACAAACGCCUGCAAGAAGAUUCUAGAUGUCAUGCAGCAGGAGGCGACGUCUACGAAUAAGGGGUACGACGACGUCGCGAGUCGCGUUGAUACUCCCAAAAUGGAAUCUGAGAUCACCCUGAAGAUUCUUGCGCACAAUAAUCUCAUCGGCCGAAUUAUCGGGAAGGGCGGUAACACGAUCAAAAGAAUUAUGCAGGACACCGAUUCCAAAAUAACCGUCAGCAGUAUCAACGAUAUCAAUAGCUUUAAUCUCGAGCGCAUCAUUACAGUUAAGGGAACAAUUGAUAACAUGAGCAAAGCCGAGUCCAUGAUCUCCAGCAAACUGCGCCAGAGUUAUGAGAAUGAUCUGCAAGCUAUGGCUCCCCAAAGCAUGAUGUUCCCCGGUCUGCAUCCGAUGGCCAUGAUGUCCACUGCCGGCAUGGGCUACAGCUCCCGUGGACCCGGCCUCUAUGGCUCAGGACCCGCCCCGUAUCCCUACCAGGGCAGCUUGCCUACUCAACAGGGCGUCCCCGCUAGCGACACUCAGGAGACGACCUUCCUAUACAUUCCCAACAAUAGUGUCGGCGCCAUCAUCGGCACCAAAGGCUCCCACAUUCGUAAUAUUAUUAGGUUCUCUGGAGCUAGCGUGAAGAUCGCUCCUCUCGAACAGGACAAGCCGGCCGAACAACAAACCGAAAGAAAGGUCACUAUCAUCGGCUCUCCAGAAUCUCAGUGGAAGGCCCAGUACUUGAUCUUUGAGAAGAUGCGGGAGGAAGGAUAUGUCGCCGGCACUGAAGACGUUAGGCUAACCAUUGAGAUUCUUGUGCCCAGCACCCAGGUCGGUCGUAUCAUCGGCAAAGGCGGUCAAAACGUUAGAGAAUUGCAACGCGUGACUGGCAGCGUCAUUAAACUGUCGGAGCAACAAGCUACUCCUCCUUCAGCUGAGGAAGAGACCACCGUCCAUAUCAUUGGCCCCUUCUUCUCCGUUCAGUCGGCCCAGAGAAGAAUCCGUGCCAUGGUCCUGCAAUCAGGCACGCCUGGCGGAACUGGCGGAACUGGCUCACGUGCCGGACGCGGUAGCAGCCAGGAAGGCGCCUCCCGUUCUAAGAGAGACGGCAGCGCCACUUCUCAAAGCGGUGUGACGUCGCAGCCCAGCUCCCAGCAGCAAUCGAGCGGUUCACCAUCUAGCCAGCAGCAGCAGCCGCCACAAUCGCCGCAAAGCCAGUAACGUCGAUGACAUCCACAUUGACGCGGACCGACGCCUAUCCGUUUUAUUCGCCGGAGUGGCCUCGUCAUCGCUUUGACAUUCUCUCUCGUCGAGAGGCCGAGCUUAUCACGACCACCUCCUCCUCUCGCGAGGCAUGAAAUCCUCCCCGGCGGGGGAGAGCUUUGAACGCUUGACGCGCAGAUUGUGACGGGAAGACGCGCUCUAAGAGUUAACUCGACAUCAUCUCGAGAUUCAGCAGCGAUUUUCGCGAGCUUUGACUCUGCAAAUUAAUUCUCAAAAAUUUCGGUUUUUUGCGAGCGCGAUUUGAGAGUUACAAUACAAGGUAACCGAAAUUUUCUGAAAAUUAAAUUGUAGGGCCUGGCGAGUUCGGUGGAGAGUUAAUUCUGAGAAUUCGCGAACAAGGAUUCCAAUUUCGAAGAAUCCAAAACUCAAUUGUAAAUGUCAGUCAACGAGGCUUUCCGUUCGGUUCGGACACGCGCGUCUAUUGUGAUCGACCUCGACCUUAAUCGUGAGCGAACAAUGUUAUCUUCCGCGUUACCUUCUGGACGUCCCGUCGCUAACGCAAAUGUUGUACGAAAUCGAUUCGCAUUGGCGAAGUUCGGCUGGAAAUCGCGAUUUUCCGGUCGCGACUCCGACGCAAAAUCUGGAAUGGUAACGAAGGAUCGAGCGAAAACGAAAGCGUACUCUCUGCAACCGAACGGAAGAAAGCCAAAGCGUACUAAUCUAAACUGGUUAUGUCCAGUCAGAUACACUGCCGGUACUCGAUCGUUCUCGUUGACAAGGAAUUAUCGUGUCGUUUUCCCCUUCGCUCUACGCGUCGCGUCUACAUCCCGCGACAACGACAAAGCGACACGUGCAACCGCGCACGACCCAAUUUCGCAGCGCUAUAACGAAACCACCGCCGCCGAUGAAAUAGGAUACGACGAUAUGAGAGAAUAAACUGAUAAGGCAAAAAAAAAAA